UAGCUCGCUAGCUGAGCGCUGGCGUCGGGCUCUAAGCCCGGCCAGCGCACUGAGGGAAGCAAGCAAGCAAGCAAGCAAGGAGAUCUUUGCAACGCUGCGACAGUCACAAGACAGCAGCACUCGAGGUCAAUGAUCAGAGCCGGCCACUGAAUCUCCUUCCAUUGUCAAGCCAGGGCUGAGAUUCCAUUGGGAUUGCAAGUUCAGAUGAGCAACUCCCAGAGGGAAGGAUGUGAGAGAGACCGACAACAAGUCCUCUUUGGGUGACGUCUGAAUAUAAAGUUCGGACAGCGCUGGGGGGUGGAUGGUGAUGGCUCCUGGUUGUCGGAGAUGGGACAGUAGCUGGGCGGACUACACAGUGACAGAUACGCUCCAUGUCCCUCAUCAACAAGGGAGGCAGUACGACUGUCACGUGGCUAGGGCAGAUGCCUGAACACAACGCUUUCUGUGCAGCUGUACCAAUGCAACAUCCUGGAGGAACCUUGCAGCAUGUGAGCAGGGAUCCCUGCCUGAGCAGAAUGAUAGAAUGUCCUUGAACGACUUACUGCCCACUGUGAUUUCGCCAGCAUCCGCAACGGACUCUUUGAUUUGUGCGGCAUGUUCCCUGAUAUGUGACGUGAUGUGAGAGGGCAGUUAGCAUGGCUUCCAAAGUCUCCUGCCUGUACUUUCUAACCGUGGUUUGCUGGGCCAGUGCGCUCUGGUACCUGAGUGCCACCCGACCCUCGUCGACCUUCGUGGCACACAGUUCGUUUUCGCGCAUGAUCGUCGAGAAGAAGGACUUCAACUUCACCAACAUCCGAACCCGUUCCCUGAACCCACACAACUUCAACUACCUUAUCAACGAGCCCAACAAAUGCGAGCCCAUCAACCCCUUCCUCGUGAUCCUGGUCAGCACCACGCACAAGGAGUUCGACGCCCGGCAGGCGAUCAGGGAGACCUGGGGAGACGAGAACAACUUCAAGGGCAUCGAGCUGGUCACCUUGUUCCUGCUGGGGAGGAACGCCGACCAUAUCUUGAACGAGAUGGUGGAGCAGGAGAGCCAGAUCUUCCACGACAUCGUGGUGGAGGACUUUGCCGACUCCUAUCACAACCUCACGCUGAAAACGGUCAUGGGGCUGAAGUGGGUGGCCACCUUCUGUUCCAAAGCCAAGUACGUGAUGAAGACUGACAGUGACAUCUUUGUCAACAUGGACAACCUGAUCUACAAGCUGCUCAAGCCCAACACCAAACCGCGGAGGAGAUAUUUCACUGGGUACGUUAUCAACGGAGGCCCGAUCCGGGAUGUCCGUAGCAAGUGGUACAUGUCCCGAGAUGUCUACCCGGACAACAACUACCCUCCCUUCUGUUCUGGGACGGGUUACGUCUUUUCUACAGAUGUAGCUGAAGCUAUUUAUAAGACAUCUCUCCACACCAGGAUACUUCAUCUCGAGGAUGUCUAUGUCGGGCUUUGCCUGAGGAAGCUCGGCAUCCAUCCCUUUCAGAACAGUGGCUUCAAUCACUGGAAGGUCUCCUACAGUCUCUGUAGAUAUCGCAGGGUCAUUACUGUGCACCAGAUCUCUCCCGAAGAGAUGCAGAGAAUCUGGAACGAGAUGGCAAGCAAAAAACACCUCCGUUGCUAAGUGGAACAUAUCAAAGGGUUUCUAAUUGCCGCUCAGUUUCUGAUCAACAAUCUGCAUCGAUUGAUCGCGAAUGAAGGGGAGAUUGUUUCCACAGCCAACAAGUAACUAAACGACUCAUUCCCUCAGAGGUGUAAAAUGUUAAUCUCGCAGAUAACAACUGUAACUGCUAUCACCAGUAGGAAAUGAAUGACAUGUUCAUUGGUACUGUCUGAUUUAAAUCUAGUUAGCUCUGCUUCACUUCAUGUUUGGAAACAAAACCAUAUAAGCAUCCACAAACAUUAAAGCUAUUGCUGAAGGUGAUAUCUAUUCAUUAUACAUUUAUCACUUGUAUAGUUAGUUAUAACUUGCUUGAGGAAUGUGCAAUUGCCAAGGUUCCCACCUUAAACUUCCCUCUUGAGAACUAGCUAUUGCAUCUUAAUUACGUCAGGAUGGGAAAGCUGGAUAUUCUCAGUGCGGGAGAGAGUGUGGAUUUGAAAUACAAGACUUGCAGAUAAAUACAUGCCUGGCUUUCAUAUUUAUUUAAUUUUAAAUAGACAUUACUAACUUACUUUACAAAAUUGUGUCUAAUUGCCUUGAAUGCAUUACCUAUAGUGCAUCUGGUUGAAGUUUUGCCGAACAGCAUAUUAUCAAUUCAGUGCAAUUAAAUAUAAAAUCUGCACUUUAAUGCAUUCAAUGUGAAUUUAAAUGACAUAUUUAGUUAUCAUAGUGUGAAAAGAGGUUUUUAAGCAGUGGGUUGAUCAGGUGAUUUUAAUGGUGACAUUGUAUAUAUGCAUAUAAGAAAACAUUUAGCUUUGUAUAAUGUUAAAACUGCUGUUAAUGUAUUGACAGGACAAAUGUUUUUUUUUUAAAUUGCCAACAUGUUACUCGGGCUCUCUCAUCAAGCUGAAAAUAGUUGGUGUCGAUGCGAAAUUAAGAUUGUGUGCAUCAUUGAACAUUGAAACACAACAUGCCUUCGACAGUGGAAGUGAAUGUUCAGUCAUUGCUUGCAUAUCCUUCAUAACUCAAAAGCAAAAAAAAAUACUGCAGAUGCUGGAAACCGGAGCUAAAAAUUCGACAAACACCCAAUGGUUCAGGCAGCAUCUGUGGAGAGAGAAAUUAAGUUAAUGUGUAGGAAAGAACUGCAGAUGCUGGUUUAAAUCGAAGAUAGACACAAAAUGCUGGAGUAACUCAACGGGACAGGCAGCACCUGUGGAGAGAGGGAAUGGGUGAUGUGAGAGGAUGUUGCUGAACUAGCUAACUGACUAAUAAAGUUAAUGUUUCAGGUGGGUAACCUUUCAUCAGAUUGCAAUGUGCAGUAGUGUUCCGAUGUAAUACUAUGUACUAAAUGUUUUCAAAAAGAGCACAGAUUUUAAUGAUUCAAUAACUAUUUCAGUAAAGUGUUCGUUCAGAAGGCUGGUUUUCUGUACUGACGUGGUUGAAUUGUAGCUUUUCCUUUUUGAGUUUGAGUGUAUAUUUUAGCCAUGCAUAGUAAAUUAUAUCCAAUUAUACAAAGAAACUGGAGUUGAACAAACAAAACUAAACGAAAUCUAGAGUUGCUGUAAAAUGGUGUGGUAUCAUUAAUGAAACUCAGUAAAUGUAUUCAUCUCAUAUGUAAAAUAGAUCUGUUGUACAUUUUGACUGUUUCAAAAAAGGUAAUGAAAGUGUCAACUAAAUGCUAUAUUUUGUGUCCAUUCUUUCACACAGAUGAUUUUUCAAAUGGUGUGUUUCGUACUGCAAAUUUAGGCUUGUCUAAAGGCAGGUUUUUAUGACAAACUACAAGCACAGUUGGUUAACACAAAGUAUUCCUUUUUGUUAAGCUUUAAAAUUUACUAUUAUUUUAUAGCAAACAAAUUAGGUUUAUUGGUAAUUAAAACUGAUGUUUUCAGCAUAUUUGUUUGUAUAUUUAUUAUUAAUGUUUCCAGUCAGAAUAUUAAUCUAUUUCUUCAGUGAGACAAAUAAAGUCAUUAUUAAAGUCAUAGAAUGAUACAGCGUGGAAACAGACCCUUCGGCCCAUCUUGCCCACACUGGCUAACAUUUUCCAGGUACACUAGUACGACCUGCCCACGUUUGGUCCAUAUCCCUCCAAACCUGUCCAUGUACCAAUCCAUGUACCUGAUCCAUGUACCUGAUUAACUGUUGGGAUAGCCCCUGCCUCAACUACCUCCUCUGGCAGCUUGUUCCAUACACCCACCACUCUUUAUGUGAAAACGUUGUCCCUCAGAUUCCUAUUAAAAAAAAAUUCUCUUCACCUUAAACUGUCCUCUCUGGUCCUCGAUUCCCCUACUCUGGGCAAGAGACUCUGUGCAUCCACCCGAUCUAUUCCUCUCAUGAUUUUUAUACACUUAAUUCUUUCAUUACUUAAUUAUUUUUCUUUCCAUUUGUGGUUAAGUUUAUAAACGUCCACCAGCAAGGGAGUUUCUUGGCAAUUCUACAAAAUGUUACCUCUUAUUUAAUUAUUUGCAAAAGAUCCUCAAUGAAUUAAUUUAGUUGAUUGUCUGUAGAUUUCUAUUCAGUAAAUGAUUGGAAUCGAAUGCUCCAGUGUACCUUACAAAAGCAAGUGUAAUUUUAAGGUAACAUCUAUUAAGAGUUGCACUUGGUAUUAACUGAUAACAUAAAUGACUGUGAUUAAAAUCUUAAUUGCUACAUUAUGCCGGAUCACAACCUCGCUAAUCAUUGUUGAAAAUAAGUAAUGCAACAUUAAAAAUGCGUCAGACAAUUAAAACCUGUACAAAUUUAUUACUGUAUUAUAUUACAAGUUAUGUAUACAAAAUAAAUAUCAGGCAAUAG